AUGGCCCCUCACGCGCUCUUCCUCCUCGCAUCAUGCCUCCCUGUCGCCCUCGCCCACGGCAUGAUCUACGACAUCUGGUCCAACGGCCACCGCUACCCGGGCUGGAACGCAAACGGCAACCUGACGUCCUAUCCCCCCGACACCCCAGCCUGGUACACCACCAACGCCGGCGGCGGCCCGCUGCACCCCUCUGACGCCAACCGCCCGCAAAUCAUCUGCGCAAAAGGCGGCUCCAACGCCAACAUGAGCGCGCCCGUUGCUGCGGGCGCGGACGUGCGGGUGCGCUGGUGGAUGGUCGACCAGGCGUGGCCGGUGGGGCACCACGGGCCGAUUCUCAGUUAUCUGGCGAGCUGCAACGGGCGCUGCGAGGACGUGGACAUGGCGGCGCUGAGGUUCGUCAAGAUUGCGGAGCGGGGCUGGGUCAACGGCACCGUGUACCAGGAGGGGUACUGGGCGACGGACGAGAUGAUUGCGAACAACGGGUCUUGGACCAUCCGCGUGCCCCCCAACCUCGCGCCCGGCGAGUAUGUGCUCAGGCACGAGAUCAUCGCGCUGCACGUUGCGUUCACGAGCACGGGGCCGUAUUCUCUCGACGGCGCGGAGUUUUAUCCGCAGUGCGUGAGCUUGAAGGUUGAAGGGGGCGGGACGGUGCAAGUGAGCGGGGGGGUGGAUGCGAGGACCUUGUACAAGGGGGAUGAGCCGGGGUUGACGCUGAACAUCCACACGGGUCCGGACCACGCGGGCUAUGUCGUGCCUGGGCCGCCGGUAUGGACGGGUGCGGACUGA